AUGUUGGACCUCUCGAAUGACCCGAGCUACGACUAUGACUUGAUCAACCUCCCACAAAGCCUCACCACCAUUCAUUUACCAAAAGGAUUCACUACUCCAGCAAUUGAUCAUCCUCCACUGCUCCAUCUACUAGAUAUCAAGUCGUUGGGUUGCAGCCUGGACGUAUCAAUCUUUCCAAACCUCGAAAGUCUCUCGAUUGGAAACUUUGCCGAACAACUGAUCGCAUCAUCAAUGUUAAAGACUCGUCUUAAAAAUUGUAAGCUAUCAUUCUUUAAUGUAAUAAGCCUGAAUACCAUUGGAUACAUCUCAUCAUUGUCCGUUGGGAAGCUCUACCUCAGUCAUUGUACGAUAGAUAACUGUUUGCCAUUGACAAUCACAAGUUUGUCACUGUCAUGUGUUGAUGACCUGCAGCCAGGCGACAUCCCAUCUUCCGUCACAUCAUUGCAGCUGUUCCAAACACGGCUCAUCAUCAAUGUCCUUCCACUGUCACUGCGCAGUCUUGAUAUUGAUUGUCGAACAAUCCAAAGGAAUCUAGACGCCACGAUCCAACAACUACCAAAUGCAAUCACAUCUCUAACGAUGAGCUCACCUUAUUAUUAUUUCAAAGUGUUGCGACUGACUGAUCAACUGUUCUUCCGGUGUCCGACCAUUCAGAACAAUCAAAAGGUGUCGAUACAAGGCUAUGGCUUCAUUGACAUGGACACAUUGAUACAACAAGUUAGACGUGCCUCUCAAGGACCAAGCGGACGACCAUAA